AUGACUGAAACUAAACUGCAUCUUGACAAUAUUACCAAGUGCCCACAACCAUCAUCAAGAUGGAACAAGUACUGUGACGAGGAGCCUGAUGAAGCCAGUAUUCCAUAUGAAGUUGGCUGCCAAGGACUUGAAAUUCCAUCAGAAUAUGUUAUUACAGAAAGGCCAUCUCGAUUUAAGAGGAAGAAGAGUCAGAACCGCUAUAACAGCAACCUACCCAACAAGCGCAGCAGACAGGAGGGUAGCAGAAGUGAUUUGGAAACCUUGCCAGAGUCUAAUCAGCAGGAGAGUGGCCUGUACCCUGGAUGUUCUUCAGCUGAGGAACCCAAUUGGGAAAGCCACUGCUCGCAGGUUGAUGUUAGACAGAGGAAGAGAAAUAUGAAUACUUCAAGCAGACAAGCAAACUUGUCCAACCUGGAGAAUGACCCUAUUACCUACUGUGGCCAGAUGACCCAAAAGGCAGGAGAAACUGUUCCUGUCAUCAGCAAGGAGAAAGACCAGCAGCAGCAUUUCAGAGGAAUCUCUAUUAAAUUUGCUUCACGUCAUGAUACAACCAAUUCCUUUGCAGCUGUUGGAUCUGUAAACAGCAAAUGGGCUGUGUUUGCAGAACCUGCCUCUGACAUUGAUGGUGAAGCUGACUUUGGAGAAGAGGAAUCACUUGAUAACGUUCAUUCGCACAGGGAGAAUAGUGAGUUGGGAGAGCUUGAAAAUUGUGAUAAUUCUUCCAGAGCAUUUUCAACUCCACAAGAAGUUAGUAAACUUGAAAAUCUGAACAGUGAUGAGAUAAGCAGUGUAAGCACAUUCCACUUCGCCGACACACAGGAAAGUCAUCAUCACAGUUGCAGAACGUCUAGACAGAAUGACAUCAAGGAGUCAUAUCGAAGUAAGAAAAUGGAGUAUAAAGGCUCUUUUGAUCAUCCCGAUUGUCGUCCCGUCUCAAGAACUCUCCAGAGUGAUAUUUUGAGCAACAUUCAGAAUUCAAGUUCAUCUUCCGCAGGGUCAAGAUGUCACACGGUUUCUGAAAUACAACCAACGGUUACAAAUUCUGCAUGUCAAUGUUCAGGUAAAGCUGCCAGGGCGUUGGGCAGUUGUGACAAAAGUGAACUGGUACGUCAACGGUUUCAAAUACCUGAUGAAUGUCUUGAAGAUUUGCCAGAUGACUUCGAUGUGUGGUAAUGGACAAUGUUUCGUAUGCUUUCUACAGAUCCGGUAAUUGCUGAAUGAUAAACUUGAAGAUAUUCUGCUUGUACAGGACACUUCUGCAAGGUCACCUUUUUCAUCUGACCGGUUCAUUAUAAUCCAGAAGAAAAGACUCUAGAAAAGGACUUUGAAUCUUGAUUGUAUCUUGAUCACAUUGAUAUAUGCAGAACAGUUUUAAUUACUUCUGUUGCAUCAUGCAAUCCAUGAGCCUGGAGCAAGACAUAAGGCUCUCAAAAAUCUUUUUACUUGACUUAAACUUAGCGGCAUCUAUGUCACAUUGACAGCCUUGAUAAAAUUCUGCAUAACAAGACUUCAACAAGUAUAUUAACUUCAAAGAUAGGUGCCACUCCUGGUCUAUGUUCAACACUACCUUUUCAUUGUAUGACCUGUCAGCAUGGAACAUAACAUCCAGAACAUCUUUGAACUUGACUGAUGAUUUGAAUGCCUUUCCCACAGAGCAAGACACUGACAAGGUGCUGAGAAUCUUCCAAGUCAAGUAACAUUUCCUGAUUCAUUUUAAGCCAAUUGUCCAGGAAACAGGUAUCUUGUGUGAUUUGGUGUACUGAGCUGAAAUAUGGGAGUUUACAUUUGAAGGGAUGAUGGAUCAUAUUCUUUAUUAUCACUGGCUAUGAUAGUAGUUUUCUGCUACAUACAUAUAUAUAUAUAUGUAUAUAUAUACAAUAUAUAUAUACACACAUGCAUGUGGUUAUGAAAUUGUUUGAUUUAGAUGUUGUUGUCUGGGCAUGCCCAAGAUACAUGUACUAAACCUAUACCAUUCAUACUGUGGUCUUGAACAGAAUUCUUCCUUUGAUGUAAGCCUGGCCAAGGCUUACUUAUUGAGAACUGAAUUCCGAAAUACUCCAAACUCUAAUGCUAUUUUUUUUUUACUCUCAAGUACAUCCUACCAACUGUAAGUUUGUGCAAACAGGCCCUGUUGUUUGUUUCAUUAAGUUGACUUUGUUAACCGGAAUGCCAGUUACCUUGAUUGGUAAUGAUUUUUAAAAAUACAUGUAUUUUGGGUUUGCCCACUAUCAGAAUAAUGCACCAUUGACCUACAGAAGUAGGAUGAAUGUGUAUGCUGAUGGCAUUGCAUUGUGAUUUGAUGAUAUGCUUAGAACUACAAGUUCUGUUGAAUGUACAUGUACAAUGUACCUAGGUGUACAUAUUUUAAGAAUGAUUUAAGGAUAAUUGAACACAAGAUUAAAAAGGGACUAAUCACCGUUAAAAUGUUAAAUAGCAUUAUCAAUGGCUAUGGUUCUCCUGCUAAAAUUCAAGCAAAAACAGGAUUUUCAAUUCUUUCUUUUUACCUUUUGAAAGAUGAUAGAAAGUGACUAUUUCACAUGUGUGUUAACAUGCUAAACCAUUCUCAAGAGGGUACCUUUCCAUUAAAAAAAGGAAUUGUUCAAGCAGUUUUAUUAUGGCUGCAUGCUGAAAUUACAAGCUGUAUAAGGUGAUUAGUUCCCUUCAUUGUAAAAAAACUUGAUGUGUGUAUGAGCCGCUCUCAGUGUGUCUUUGGAUAACAUGAAUGUGACAAUAUGUCUUGAUCGAUGAAUGACAGGCUGAUCUAUGCGAUAUUUCAGAAUUUAGGCUAGUUGUGUGAAAAACAAAAUCAUUAUUGUGAUAUUUUGACUCUACGAGCAAUUAGAUAUAGCUUGUGCCUAGGUGCUUUAUUGAUAAGUAAUUUGAUACCGUGAUUCGAAAGCAAUGCAGCUCCCUGAUCGCGGCAAUCGCAGCGAUGUCUCACUCUCCAUCUUUGAGAGAUAAUAGAUCUCCUUAUGACUACAAGACUGUUGGUUAAACCAAUUUUUGAGUUACAUUGGUUAAACCAAUUUUUGUCUCACCCACUGGAGGUGAAGGUGAGACUUCGGGAACGAAUCUGAGAGGUAACCUGGGUCUUCGUCCUGCAUAGAAUAAGACAUAGUUUUGCACAUCUGAAAUCGCCAUCAUUCUUCAAGUGGUACCCAAAUUAAUCUUCCAAACACUACUGCAGUAGAUGUAUGUCUACCUGCAAGACCAGUCGAGCCAUUCGUUUGUGCUGUUUUAUCAAAGUGUCCUUUAAGUUUUGGUUACAGUUGGUCCAGGCGUUGCAACAGUAUUCAAGAUGCGGUAAAACUAAUGAAUUUGCCAAGAGUUUAGCACUUAAAACUGCCAUGUACUUCCGUAAUCUAGCAAAAAGAGCAAGUCUAGACGCAACUUUUUUUAUAGGUUUUGUUUACAAGAGUUCGCCACGUGGUUGUUCAUCAAAAUUUACUCCGGGAUAUUUGAAAUUCGACACUUUCAAUUCUAUGUUGUUCAAUGAAUAGGUUUAGAUCACAAUUCUUGAGUCUUUGUUGGGUUCCAAAAUGCAUGUACUGGGUUUUUGUUAAAUUGAGUACCAAAUGAUUGUUCAUUAACCAACGAUUCACAUUUUGUAGAUCUUCAUUCAUGACAGCUUCGAUUUCUUGAGUAUAUGUACCACUGUAUGAGAGCUGCAUCAUCUGCGAACAACAUGAUUUCACACUUAUCUACAACCUUGGUAAUAUCGUUUACCAUGAUUGAGAAUAAGAGUGGCCCCAAGAUAGAUAGACCCUGGGGGAACUCCCAUACUCGCUUUUACAAUUUUAGAUGAUACCCCUUUUACACAUGUUCGUUGAGUUUUGCCUUUCAGGUAUGAACUGAACCACUCAAGUUCCUAUCCUUUAAUACCAUAAACAGAAAGUUUCUCCAGUAAUAGAUCGUGGUCGACGGAAUCAAAUGCUUUCCUGAGAUCCAGCAAAACUACACCAGUCAGUCGACCACGAAUGAAGCGUUUGCACCAGAAGAACUAUAUAUUUUAUUGAACUCAUUUGCUAUUUUCUUAGGAUCACACAAUUCGUUCCCGUUAAUAUUGAGAAUAUUUGUAGUUUGUCUAGGUCUAGAUAUUAACACACUAAUGGAAGUUCAAUAUUUAAUGGAAAUUUAGAAUCUGCUAAAUGUUCUUUACAACAUCUAUACCAAAUGGAAUUGAAAGCAUUUAGAUUGUCAUCCACACAAUAUAUUUAAUUAAAUUCUUACAAUCCUUGAUGUACAGUCACCCAUGGAUAAUACAUCUUGAGCUAAAUCAUUCUUCCACUGCUGCAAGUCUAUGUCAUUUUUAAAGCCUUAAAGUUCACUGAGUGAUCUCACUUGCAGUCUCAUAUAUAGGUCUCAUAUUUGGAUAGAACUGAUAAAUCUAUUCCUCUACUUCAUGUAUGUCUGGUUCGGAUAGCCUAUCAAUUUCAGAAGGAGACUCUGCUGUGGUAGAAGGUGCAAUAAACCUCGGGUAUCACACCUCUUUGGCAGAGCUUGAUAAUGUCUGCCUUCUUCAAAUGGCUGAUUGGAAGCUGCUCCUUGUAGAGGUGUCGAAGAUUAAUCUUCUCACCUCGAAUCGAGGCCUUAACACUGAUUGUGCGGAAAGACUCAUCAAAGUCAUACCUGAAGAGGAUGUCAUAAGGCUCACUCUUCUGAUAUCGGAGCUGCUUGAUCUUAAGCCACUUGGCAUAGUUUCCCUCCACAUCUUUCUUCAUAUACUUGAACAACUGAGCAUCCAAGUUUUUGAAGUCGAUGAAGUCCCAAUGCUGAAGCUGUACAGUGACAUAUGGAUUCUGCUUGCAUGCCAACUUAAUGACAUUCACCCACUCCUUCGGAUGUUAGAUGGAUGCCCUUUUCUUGGAGUAUUCUAUGGCUGAGUGGAUUGAAUUCACCUCCAUGUGGGUGUGUCCUGUUUCCAGGAACUUUAGGGACAGUGAUUUUCCGCGAUCGCGGAAAACGGACGGAAUCAGCUGUUUGAAACGGAAAGUGG